AUGACGGGCUAUCGAGAAUGUAUAUCGAUCCACGUGGGACAAGCUGGUGUUCAGAUUGGCAACGCUUGUUGGGAAUUGUAUUGUUUGGAGCAUGGAAUUGAGCCCGAUGGUACAUUUAGUAAAGAUCGCGAUAGUAGCCAUAUAAUAAAGUCCGUAUCAGAUUCUCGCGAAACCUCGUUUAGUACAUUUUUUAGCGAAACAGGCAAUGGACGUUAUGUGCCUCGUGCUGUAUUUAUUGAUCUUGAACCUACAGUUAUCGCUAACAAUUACGCUCGUGGGCAUUACACCAUAGGAAAAGAAAUUGUUGAUACUGUAUUAGAUAAAAUGAGAAAAAUAGCCGAACAAUGCACAGGACUUCAAGGAUUUCUUGUUUUUCAUUCAUUUGGUGGUGGUACUGGUUCAGGAUUCACAUCGCUACUCAUGGAACGAUUGAGUCUUGAUUAUGGAAAAAAGUCGAAACUGGAAUUUGCAAUUUAUCCUGCACCUCAAGUUUCAACCGCCGUUGUUGAACCUUACAAUUCUAUUUUAACUACUCAUUGUACACUUGAACAUACCGAUUGUGCAUUUAUGGUCGAUAAUGAAGCUAUUUAUGAUUUAUGUCGACGAAACUUGAAUAUUGAACGUCCUUCGUAUACGAAUUUAAAUCGUUUAAUAGCACAGAUCGUCAGUUCAAUAACAGCAUCUCUUCGUUUUGAUGGUGCAUUGAACGUUGAUCUAACGGAAUUUCAAACAAAUCUUGUACCGUAUCCAAGAAUACAUUUUCCUCUUGUUACGUAUGCGCCUAUUAGUAGUGUUGAGAAAGCUGGCCAUGAGGCGUUCUCCGUUCAAGAUAUAACAAGUGCUUGUUUUGAACCGACAAAUCAAAUGGUUAAAUGUGAUCCUCGUAAUGGAAAAUAUAUGGCCUGCUGUCUAUUGUUUCGAGGAGACGUUGUUCCGAAAGAUGUAAAUACAGCUAUAGCACAAAUAAAAACAAAAAGAUCGAUCCAAUUCGUUGAUUGGUGUCCAACAGGCUUUAAAGUUGGUAUUAAUUAUCAACCUCCAGCGGCUAUACCAGGUGGUGAUCUGGCAAAAGUUCCGCGUGCUGUAUGCAUGAUAUCAAAUACGACAGCUAUUGCUGAAGCAUGGGCGCGUCUUGAUCAUAAAUUUGAUUUGAUGUAUGCUAAACGGGCAUUCGUACAUUGGUAUGUUGGUGAAGGUAUGGAAGAAGGGGAAUUUGCUGAAGCACGUGAAGAUUUAGCUGCAUUAGAAAAAGAUUAUGAAGAAGUCGGUCUUGAUUCAGCAGACGAAAGUCAUGGUGGUGGUGGCGAUGCUGAGGAAUAUUGA